AGUAGAAUUUAGACGCCGCGGUUGGUGUAAUACACGCCACCAAUGUUACGGUUGUAAAUUAAAUUAACGGAAAAUUCACAACGAUGAAGAACGAAUGUGCGAACGAUUGUGAAAAUUCUUCGGAAUAUAAGAAUAGUUUUGCUCAUGAAAAUGAGGGAGACGAAUCAAUCGACUCCAAUUCGGACAACAUUUACACACAUUAUGAGCCCUCGGUGCGUUUGUUGCGCAUACGAAAGACUAUAACGGAAUCGUGUGGUUUCCACUUGACACGCACCAAGUGGGAUCCCUAUCCGUGGGUGAGCGCGGUCGAUGCGCAUACCGCAGCGGAAAUGAGCGGUCUGAAGUCGGGCGAUUGUGUGCUGGAGGUUAAUGGCGAAGACGUGUUGGGAUUGCGCAUAACGGAUAUUGCAAAAUUGGUUCAAGCCAAAUCAGGACAUGUCACGUUGCUGCUUUGGAACUGUGGUAGUGAUUUCAAAUGUGACCCGGAGAGCAUUUGCUGUGCGCCAAUGCCACGCACACUCCAACGACUCGCCACCAUCGUACAAUCCAUAUUGACCAUAAUCGAGUGUCCCGUCUGCUUGGACACCAUCGCACCGCCGGUAAUGCAAUGCCAGAACGGUCACUUGCUGUGCCUUAACUGUCGCAUACGCGCCGAACGUUGUCCCAUCUGCCGGGACCGCUAUACGCCACAGCGCGCUUUAAUUGCCGAGCAAAUCUACGCAGCUAUCACGAGCGCAUACAAUUUGUGUAACGGCAAUGAAGACAAAUUACGCCAGAAGUUAUACGGACCGAGCGGAAAAUGUGAAGUGAAAGUGCUGACUAGACGUUGGCGACGCGCCGAGGCGGCCAAACAAACGAUUGAUGACUGCGUUGCGCAAACGGAAGUUAGAACAGCGAGUAUCUACGCAAAGCGGAGCUGGCUGAAACCGAAACAGGGAAACGGAGCGGCGUCAUGUGCGGGUCAACAUGUGGCACCCGGUGGUGGGCAACCGGGACAUUUUAGCUUCACGAAUGAAACGAACAACCCAUCGAAGGUGGAUACGCAGACGGCAGACACAGCUGAGGCAACGGAAAUGUGUGCUACGAAGUGUGCGAGUAAAAGAAAAAAAAUUCUAAUGAAAUUAUGGCAUGCUAGAGCCACAACCAUGGAGAAUAUCUCAACAAGUGUUGCAGCUACAAGUGGACAACUGAAUGGCAAAGUUAUGGGUAUGAGCAGCAUUGAUAAUGGAUUGUCGAUGUCUGUUGGUGCAACGACCCCAGCAACAGUGACGCAAAUUCAUUUGGAACCCUCCAGUGCGCGUCCACACCAGUCAACGCAAUCCAUUUCGCAUCGAUCUGUGCGAAAUGCCAGCAGCGAAGUGGAAACGGUGAUGAAAAAUGCACAAAACCACUCGACUUUGAGUGACAACAAUGGCGGCGGUGGCAGCGACGGCAUGUGUGAGGCGGUGGAAGACACAGCAGCCGAAACGAAAACUCCCGCAUUGUUAAUGCGCACACAACAACAGACCGAGACGAGUGUUGCGAUGAUAAUGCCAUUGAAUUGUGCGACAACAAGAAAAACAAUUUUAAAUGCUACAACAACAACAAGUGAGCUGGCGCAGGUAAAUGCCGUGUCAAAGGUUUUCACGGCAACAUCGCCACCAACAGCAACACCGAAUACAAAUGACUCCACAUCAGAGCGCGAAAACAAGCAGCCAACGGCCGAAGAAGAAGAAGAGGAAAAAGAAGAAUUUGAAGCAGUUAAAGAAUGGAUAAAUGGAGAAAUAUCGCCGAUGCAAGAGCACGUUCAACCGCAUUCACAAUUGAGUACGUGGCAGCAGCAGCAAAAUCAAAGGCAGCGACAGCAGCUUUCAACUGCCAACAGCUCAACUGACAGCCAGUCAACAGAGCCAACAGCAGUCAACGUCAUCGCCAUCGCCGUGGAACGUUGCCCGACCAUGCUGCGAAGUCAACCGCCGUCUCAAAGCAUAUUUAAUGACUACAAAAAUAACAAACAGCAUAAAAUCUGCAAUUGUCCAUCAUCCACGUUGCUCUACGUGGACACGCGCCGUCCCGCCAGCCGCACGCUGAGUUCUACCAGUGAAUAUUUAAAUAAAUUCUGCCAGCCAGCAGCAACAGAUGCAGCGCUCCGUACAUCUGCCGAUCCGAGGCAGUGCAGCGAAGAGUGUUUGGCAAGCAGCAGGAAAAACUCCAACAACAGCAUUGGCAGCAGCGGCAGUCGCAGUGACUUCACUGCUUCAGCGCUUUCACUUCUAACACCUGCCUCAUCGCUUUCGUCCGGUGUGUUCUCCACUUCAGUGGAUCCAAACGAUUCAACGGCGUCAAUUGAAGCAUGCCGUGCGUCGCCUGAUGACGCUACAGAAAUUACUGCUAUUACUGUGCACAAAAAUGCGUUGUUAUCGCCAGUGGACAGCUUGGGACAGUCAUCAUCAAUAACUUCGUCGUUGCGUUCUUUAUCGUCUUUGGCAUCAUCGCUCUUUCCAUCAACGGCAUCAGAGAAUGCGCCGCUUCCCUUAAUGGCGGCUGCAAGCGCUGAAGCGUGCCUCUCUGAUGUCGCACUUAAUUCUACUUUCAUUUCUUCGGAGCAAUCUGCUCAGCUCUACCCUACGGCAACAGCAGUCACACCUUCGCAUUUGUCCAAUAUGAAAUCUACAUUUUGGCGCCAACAUUUUCAUGAAGCUGAAGAUGAACACACGAGCGGCGUGUUUCGUUGUCCUUGCGACGGUUGCGACGUAAGAUUUAACGUCUCAUCACAGUUACAGCGACAUGUCAAAGUGGAGCAUCGCUUACCAAUAUUGCGCUUCGCUGGUGAUGAGCGGUUCGUCGCUGUACCACUGGGGCAGCCUCUGCCGGAUGCGGUGCUUAUACUGGAAGCGGGCGCAAACGAAAGGGCAAACAACAGCAGCAACAACAAUAACAAAAACAAUCCGGAUCACUGCAAUGAGGACAAUGCGCUCAGUGAUGCAUGGCGUGGAGUGGACCAGAAGGACAAUGUGGAUUGCGUAGACGGACCAUGCGCCAAGGACAACAAGGAUGUGCAGGAUAUGCACAAAGCCGGACAAGAUAUGGGAGGAAGCAGGGUGAAUGCGUACUCAAGGCAUAUUGAGAAGCAACUAGAGCAAGCUAGAGAAUGUUGGAUUAGAAUAAAAGCGCACGAAGACUUCAUUCACACGACGGCGUUGUUGCAAGCAACCGCAGCGGAAAGUGCUGAUUAUGUGUUGAAAAUGCGAUUAAGUUGUGUUGGUGAUACGACACCGACGACAGAAGGACCCACAGCGGCCAUCGAGCUGUAACUGGUGCAACGGUCACCAUCGACGUGGCGUAUACAGCGCCACACCGUGGCUGAGCUAAACGCAACCACAACAGAACACUGUUAAUGCUGCAACAAAUAGUAAUAAUAACAACAAAAAGGCGUUUGCUUGCAGCAACAUCAGCAUGCAACCAAUACAACAAUACAAACAAAACAACUGGCUGUUAGAGCCACCAGCACUUUGGGCACGGCUUAAUGCCACAUCGGCGGCAGGCAAUGGUCCUA